AGUCGCUAUAUAGCCUUUGCAGUUUCAAGUCGCUUCUUUGAUUUUUUUGGCAAUUAAUAUAAAUUAAGUUAAUGUUUGGUCAAAAUAACUGAAACAAAACGCGAUUGAAACGGUUGAUUGAAUGAGAAUGUAAACAAAAGCAUAGAAAAUUACAUCUUCGGUGGUUAAAAUUACGAGAAGUCCAAAGAGUGAUGAAAACUUUGUCACCCAGCGCUAAACGUCUGCAAUACGAAGAGGUGAUAAUACCAGCACCUUGGGGUCACAUAGCAGGCCGUUGGUACGGCAAUCGAGCUGAUAGACCCGUUUUGGCUAUUCACGGAUGGCUAGACAAUCUGGGCACCUUUGAUCGGCUGAUUCCCCUGCUUCCCGACUACAUUGGAGUGCUCUGCAUCGACCUUCCCGGACAUGGAAGAUCCUCUAGGCUUCCGCCGGGUGUGCCCUACAACGUCUACGACUAUGUGUUCAUCAUACCGCGGGUGAUGAAGGAGUUCGGCUGGUCCAAGGUCUCCUUAAUGGGUCAUUCCCUCGGCGGAGUGAUGAGCUUCAUGUACGCGGCCAUGGCGCCAAGCACGGUCGACUUGAUUAUAUCACUGGAUGUACUGCUUCCACGGAGGAUCGAGGAUCCCAGCAAGUUGACGCAGGACAUAGAGGGUUAUUUGCUGGAGGAGAGACGGCAGGCGGAUGGCACCGAACAUGAGCCGCCCUCGUUCACCUGGAGUAAACUGCGUCAGAGGCUCGCCAGGAACAGCAACAACUCGGUGCCGCAACACCUGGCCGAUCACAUGCUCCACCGCCAGGUGGCCAGGUCACAGAUGUACCCGGAGAAGGUGUUUUUCUCCAGAGACGGGCGCGUGAAGUUCUACCACAUAUUCGACAUUGAAAACGGUCUGGCUCUCGAAAUGGCGAGGCGCAUUGAGAAGAAACCAUAUCUGGUAAUCAAGGGAUCCCUUUCGCCAUUUGUGGGACCCCGAUGUGACGAGACAAUGUCCAUUCUGUCCAAAGAUAACCCCAAUUUUGAGUUCUACGAGGUGGAGGGCGGCAAGCAUCAUGUCCAUCUCCAUGCCGCCGAGGAGUGUGCCCGCUAUAUAGUUCCCUUCAUCCGAAAUCACAGGCCUCCCAGAAGCAGCAAACUUUAAUGUGCCUUUCAAGUUCUAGGAAACAUCUUUUUGGAAGUAGUAAAAUAAACUAGAUAUAAAAGCC